GGACCCGGGGGGACGGCGGGUCCGGCGCCGGCGGCCUGCGCAGGCGCACUGGGCUCGCGGGACGCCCCCGGCAGCCCCCGCGGCCCGGGCUGCCGGUGGAGGCGGAGGGAAAUGACGUCAUCCGACGGAGCGACGGGCAUUGGGCGCCAUUUUGAAAAGGGAAAAAAAAAAUCCCUCCCCGGCGGCGGCGGCGGCGGCGGCGGCCGCCGGAACUGAGCGCUGCGGUCGCCUCGGGUCGGCCGCGCUCGGCUGGGCGGGCGCCGUCCCGCGCCGCGGCCAUGGCAGGAGCGGGAGGCGGCGGCGGCGGCGGCUGCCCGGCGGGGGGCAACGACUUCCAGUGGUGCUUCUCUCAGGUGAAGGGCGCCGUGGACGAGGACGUGGCGGAAGCUGAUAUCAUUUCAACGGUUGAGUUUAACUACUCUGGAGAUCUUCUUGCAACUGGAGACAAGGGCGGCAGAGUUGUCAUUUUUCAGCGGGAACAGGAGAAUAAAAGCCGUCCUCAUUCUAGGGGAGAAUAUAAUGUUUACAGUACCUUUCAAAGUCAUGAACCAGAGUUUGACUAUUUGAAAAGUCUAGAAAUUGAGGAAAAAAUUAAUAAAAUUAGGUGGUUACCACAACAGAAUGCUGCACAUUUUCUACUCUCUACAAAUGAUAAAACUAUUAAAUUAUGGAAAAUAAGUGAACGGGAUAAAAGAGCAGAAGGUUAUAACUUGAAAGAUGAAGACGGACGACUUCGAGACCCAUUUAGAAUUACCGCACUACGGGUUCCGAUAUUGAAGCCCAUGGACCUUAUGGUAGAAGCAAGUCCACGACGAAUUUUUGCCAAUGCUCACACGUAUCAUAUCAAUUCCAUUUCAGUAAAUAGCGAUCAUGAAACAUACCUGUCUGCAGAUGACCUGCGAAUUAACCUAUGGCAUUUAGAAAUCACAGAUAGAAGCUUUAACAUUGUGGACAUCAAGCCGGCCAACAUGGAGGAGCUGACGGAGGUCAUCACCGCAGCCGAGCUCCACCCGCACCAGUGCAACGUGUUCGUCUACAGCAGCAGCAAAGGGACCAUCCGGCUGUGCGACAUGCGCUCCUCCGCCCUGUGCGACCGGCACGCCAAGUUUUUUGAAGAGCCCGAAGACCCCAGCAGUAGGUCCUUCUUCUCAGAAAUAAUUUCGUCUAUAUCUGACGUCAAAUUCAGCCACAGUGGUCGGUACAUGAUGACCAGAGACUACCUGUCGGUGAAGGUGUGGGACCUCAACAUGGAGAGCCGGCCGGUGGAGACCCACCAGGUGCAUGAGUACCUGCGGAGCAAGCUCUGCUCCCUCUACGAGAACGACUGCAUCUUUGACAAGUUCGAGUGCUGCUGGAAUGGGUCCGACAGUGCGAUCAUGACGGGCUCCUACAACAACUUCUUUCGGAUGUUUGAUAGAAACUCUCGGAGGGACGUUACACUGGAAGCUUCUAGAGAAAACAGCAAACCCCGGAGCAGCCUGAAGCCCCGGAAGGUGUGUGCGGGCGGUAAGAGGAAGAAGGACGAGAUCAGUGUGGACAGUCUGGACUUCAACAAGAAAAUCCUGCACACGGCCUGGCACCCCACGGACAACAUCAUUGCCGUGGCGGCCACCAACAACUUGUACAUAUUCCAGGACAAAGUCAACUAAGGAUGCCCACGCGGGACCCAGCCCAGGCGUGGCCGUGGGGAGGGCCGGCCUUCUGUCGCUGCCCUCUGCACCCAGAGCAGUGACCGCUCCCCGCCUUCCUCCAGACUCGAGAAAGAGGCGGCUUCGCCGCGGUCCUGGCCCGGGGAGCGAUCGGUGCUGCUGCUCAAGGGGAAACCCCACUCAAAGAAUUGGUGGACAUUGCUCUCUCAUGGCCGGUGUUCAAAAUAAAUGUAUUUAUUUACGUCUGAG